AUGUGGGAAUCGUAUGGCGCCCAGAGCAAGGCUUCUUCACGAGACGCUGCAGAGAUAAAGUCCCACUUCUGUCAACCGGGGGUUUUCACGUCGUGUCACAUCAGUCCUACAGUAAGCUCUCCUCGUCCGUGCAAGCCCGUCCAGCAGGGCAGCCCGUUCCGAGCGAGCGGAUACCUGUUCUACGACGCUGACACACCGCUGGCGAGUGCUGAGGCCCACAUCAGCGCUGUGCCCAACUCCGGUGGCGGAGCGAGGGGGCAGCAGCCCAUUGUGGCGCUGGAUUCCCUGGAGGGGCCAGCCGAACCUUCGAGGGGUCCUGACGCGCGCGCGCUGAUGAUCGCCAGGCCACCACCCGACUACACUUCCGCGGGGGUGGUCAAGGGAUGCGCCGCCGAGCACGACUUCAAGCACUUCGCGGCAACCCCGCUACACGGAUCUCCGUACGACCUCAACGACCUGGCUCACAGGUUGAAGCACCACUCAAGCUCGCGAAGCGACUACGACUUGAUGAAUCUGCAAGGUCAGGAGAGGAUCGAACUCUGCUACAGGUUCUCAGGCUGUGGUAGCCACGUCCGCCGUAGCCUCAAUGAGAAGUCUAGAGACGAGUUCAAAGUUCGUGGGUUAAUUAAAGUUCACGGGGCUUUUACAAACGUCAACGGUCACCGCCUCGCAGGCCACCAGUCACCGGUGAAGUUCGAGCCGCCUCCUUCGCCGCCCGUGUCCCCGGCGUGCCCCACCGCCCUAGCCGAACCACUGACGCAGCCGCAGGCGCUGACAGCUGCCGUCGGGCCAGUCAACUUCGCCGAGGAGCAGCACCACCAGGCGAUGGGCUGCUCGUCCGCUGGUCGGGGCUCGCUCCAGCUGUGGCAGUUUCUCGCGGCGUUGCUGAGGAACCCAGGAAAUGCACCAUGCAUCGCUUGGACUGGUCGGGGACUCGAGUUCAAGCUCACCGAUCCCGAGGAGGUCGCUCGCCGGUGGGGUGUCCAGAAGAACCGACCUGCCAUGAACUACGAUAAACUGAGUCGCUCGCUGAGGUACUACUACGAGAAGGGCAUCAUGCAAAAGGUGGCCGGUGAACGGUACGUGUACAAAUUUGUCUGCGACCCCGAGCUGGUGGGCAACUCGCCGUCAGACCCGGUCAAGACGAGGUUCCACGACGGACCAGCUGACAAGGAGUCUUCGGCGCCUCACCAUACGCAGCCGCCCCCACAGAGCUGGCACGCCAGACCCGGCAUCACUAUGUCGCACGAGUACGGUCAGUUUCCAGUGUACAGCGCCGACUACGCCGCCACGUCCAUCGCUCUCGAAGGCUGUUGACGGGACGUAGCGGCCGGAUGACGUCACCACGAGGAAAAGAUGCGCCCGUCACCUCUCGGACACGGAUGACAACGGAUUCCACGCAAACACCGUCUCUCCGCAACAAGAUACAAAAGAAGGAAAGAAGCGUUUUCAUUCUCGUCGCUAAAAAGAAAAUACAACCUAGAAAAUAUUAAACUCGCGCUUACAGAAUCUUUCUUUUUAUUUCAAUUUCAACGGCAAUAAAGAUGCUUUGCAGGUUGAACAAUAGCGUCUAGUAUAAAAAGCGUGGCCGCCGUGUUUUGCAAAUGAUUCAGCUGAGCAGCGGCAAUUUCUUGUGAAAAAGGGCUUACAUACAUCGUUGUGCAUGGUCGGAAGAAGUAGAUUUCCACUUCCCACCACAGCCAACUGUAAUUCAGUAUGCUAGCAUUCAGUUAAUUAUUACCUGGCGUGGUGGUUUAGUGUUUGUAG